AGAGUACAGUCACACAGUCAACGAAGAUACUAAUAAGUCAAUUUUCGUUUGACCAAAUUUGAUUCUUCAUGGCUUCCUCAGUCUCCUCUCUCGCCGGACGAGUCGCGAUAGUCACCGGUUCUUCUCGCGGAAUCGGCCGAGCUAUAGCCAUACAUCUCGCCGAGCUCGGCGCCAAGAUAGUCAUCAACUACACCACCAGAUCCACCGAGGCCGAUCAAGUCGCCGCAGAAAUCAACUCAUCCGCCGGCACCGUUCCGCAACCGAUCGCCGUCGUGUUCCUCGCCGAUAUCUCAGAACCAAGCCAAAUUAAGUCUCUCUUCGACGCGGCGGAGAAAGCCUUUAACUCGCCGGUUCACAUCCUAGUUAACUCAGCUGGAAUCCUCAAUCCCAAUUACCCUACCAUCGCCAACACUCCCAUUGAAGAAUUCGAUCGCAUCUUCAAGGUGAACACAAGAGGAUCAUUCUUAUGCUGUAAAGAAGCAGCAAAAAGGCUAAAACGUGGAGGCGGUGGUAGGAUUAUACUGCUAACGUCGUCGUUAACCGAGGCGUUAAUCCCGGGGCAAGGAGCUUAUACAGCAUCAAAGGCAGCUGUUGAAGCAAUGGUGAAGAUUCUUGCUAAGGAACUUAAAGGUUUAGGCAUCACUGCAAACUGUGUAUCUCCAGGGCCUGUUGCGACGGAGAUGUUUUUUGACGGGAAGAGUGAAGAGACGGUGAUGAAUAUCAUUGAGAGGAGUCCUUUUGGUAGGCUUGGUGAGACUAAAGAUAUUGCUUCUGUUGUUGGUUUCUUAGCUAGUGAUGGUGGUGAGUGGAUCAAUGGACAAGUUAUUGUUGCUAAUGGUGCAUUCCUCAAAUGAAUAUGGAUUAUGUUUGUUUAUCUGAAAGUUAAAGUAUUGAAGUAGUGUUCUAAUCAAUACCAUUAAG